AGCAGCCGAGACCCGGAAGUGCGGGUUCACGUGCUGCUGCUGCAGGCUGGGAGGCUUUUAGGUGAAGAAUGGCCCUGGAAGGGAAGAACAAACGGGAGAAAAGAAAGAGUGCGCAGGAGGGAGAGAACCCGGAUUAUGGCGCUUGUGGGAAUCUGGAAGGAGACUAUGAGGUUGGACAAGUCGCCAAUAGUUUAUUCCGCGGCAAGCAACCCUCCAGAGGCAGUACCGGUCGGCUGGCUUCGCUUUUUCGUUCUGUGAACCCUCAGCUUCAACCCGUGUACGUGCCUGUACCUAAAGAAGCCAUCAAAAAAAGGAAACGAGAUGAGGAGGAAAAAAGUUCACCCCAAAUCCAAACGCCACUUUUGCAAGAACCUGCCAAAAAAAUGAAAGUGAAGAAGAAACUUUCUGAUGCAGAGAAGAAGUUGGCAAACAGAGAAGAUGCGUUAGCAAGUGCUGAUUUAGAAGAAAUUCAGCAGAAACAAGGGCAGAAAAGGAAAAAUUCUCAACCUGGUGUUACAGUUGCAGAUAAAGAAUUACUUGAUGAUGUAGAAGAGACGGUUGUAAAUGAAAGAAAGAAAAUUCAAAUCAACCAAGAAGAAGAGAGAUUAAAGAAUGAGAGAACUGUGUUUGUUGGGAAUUUGCCUGUCACCUGUAAGAAGAAGAAGCUGAAGUCAUUUUUUAAAGAGUAUGGACAGAUAGAAUCUGUACGAUUUCGUUCUCUGAUUCCAGCAGAGGGAACUUUGUCCAAAAAGUUGGCGGCAAUAAAGCGUAAAAUUCAUCCCGAUCAGAAAAAUAUUAAUGCUUACGUUGUGUUUAAGGACGAGAGUGCUGCUACAAAAGCACUGGAAAGAAAUGGGGCCCAGUUUGCAGAAGGAUUUCGUGUUAGAGUGGAUCUUGCAACUGAGACCUCCUCCAGGGACAAGAGAUCCGUAUUUGUGGGAAAUCUCCCAUACAAAGUUGAAGAAUCUGCAGUUGAGAAGCACUUUUUGGCCUGUGGGAACGUUGUGGCUGUGAGGAUUGUGCGGGAUCAAGUUACUGGAGUCGGCAGAGGCUUUGGCUACGUGCUCUUUGAGAAUACAGAUGCUGUUCAUCUUGCUCUGAAAUUAAAUAAUUCUGAACUGAUGGGAAGAAAACUCAGAGUCAUGCGUUCUGUCCAUAAAGAAAAGUUAAAACAAAAUUCAAAUCCUAGUUUGAAGAAUGUCAGUAAACCUAAGCAGGGACUUAACUUUGCUUCAAAAAGUGCACAGAAUUCUAAAGGUUUGUUUAUUGGAGAGAAAGCUGUUCUCAUGAAGAAGAAAAAGAAAGGACAGAAGAAAAGCAGACGAACCAAGACACAGAAAAAGCAGAAGUAACAACCUGAAGCUUUUAUUUUCCCUCACUGACUACUGGUAAUAAAAUUGAGAUAAAUCCAUGUACUGAGUUUCAGAAUUUUUUAUAUAUGUGAAACAUGGACGCUUUUUCAGUUACUCAUGUUGUAAUACUACCUUUGA